AUGACGCCUAAGGCUCUGCUGCUCAUGCUUAGCACCCUGCUGAUCGCAGACUCGAUCUCGGCCGCUCCUACUCUGGAACAACGAGGCAAUAACCCCAGCAAGUCCGACCGACUGUCACAGACUACUUGCACCGUAGCACGAGAAGGAGGGGGCUGGCUACGCUAUCAAAUCUGGAUAGCUAUGCCUCUGCAACAGGGUCAUUGCCGUACAGCACCCAAGACGAUGAAAGAUGCCGGCUGGCAAUUUCUCGUCAAGAAAUGCAUCCCACAGAGGGAAGAUAUGUCGCUUGAUGUUGUGCUCCGAGCAAGACAGCACCAAAGUGAUGCCAAUGGUAUCAACAAGGCCUUGCACGAUGUCUGGGCGGGUAGCGACUUCAACUGUCCCCCGCCUCCGCCGAAGCUCAUCCUCACGCCAAGCGACCUGGACAAUGGAGGAGGCGAACCCAAGUCUGUGGUCGUCGAUGGCGGGCUGUUAUCGCCACAAUGGCAGCCCGAGGGAGGAUCGGCUGCUCCUACUUUGGAAGAGCGAGGCAACUCUCCCAGUAAGCCCAAGCCGAAGUCGAAGACGUCCUGCUCCGCGACCCAAGAACCCAGUGGCAAGACUUUCUACACCACCUUGAUAGCCGUGCCCAAGGCAGCAAAACACUGCGGCGACGCACGAGACAUCAUGUGGAACCUUGGCUGGGACUUCACACUGGCAGAAUGCAAAGAGAAACGCCGUGACAAGUCAGCGCUAGUGAAGUUCAGGGCCGAGAAGCGCCCUGGGAACACUGAUGUGGACAUCAACCAGGCAUUGAACUCGAUCUGGAAGAAGGCCAACUUCAAGUGUCCGCCACCUCGUCCAGCGCCAGAAGUGGUGUCUAAACCCAAGAAACUAAGGGGACCACACGCCGGGCCGGAAGAGCCUCAUAUACCGCAGAUCGCUGGACCGGAGAUCGUUGUCACGCCUCCGUCGCCUCAGGCUCCCAGAGCUGGCAAUACUGUUGCAACGGGCGCUACUGAAAACCUGCACGACAGGUGGAGAAGCAAGGAGGAGAAGCAAAGGCUGAAGCAGGAGGAGUUGAAGAGGGCUCAGCAGGGAAAAGGCGGCCCAUCACAAGAUCAAGGAUCGAAAGCCUCACUGCCGCCUAUGCUGCCUCGAUCCGAUGUCGCACCCUCCUCUGGUAAUGUCCCGGAAGCUGGGAGCUCAAGCGCGAAUACCAGGAAGAGCUACAGGGCCGAAUGCAUAGUCACCGAAGACGCGGACGGCAAUUCUGCCACGUAUAUCCUCAAGACCACCAUUCCCAUGCAAUCACAGCACGCCGAGACAGCUCGGAAGAACCUUGCGACGGCCGGAUUUGCGACCACCGUAUGGCGCGCCAAGAAGAUACGUAUCACGGAGAAUGUCCAGCUCUUGUUCCAGACAGAGGCUGGCUUCUCAGCGGGUAUCAAUGAUGGGAUGCUUUAG